UGUUUCAGUCUUUCCUCGAGCGUACUCGAGUCAAGUUAGGAAAGAAAUUCUUCGACAUGAUUGACGAAACAAGAUACAAAAAAUAAAACGAUUGUUAGUUAAACAAAAAAAAAACAAAAAAAAACAAAAACAAGAGUGGAAGUAUUUUUCAUAAAAAAAAGAAAAAAAAGAGAAAAAAAAAUGUUUAAAACGUGGCAGUUUGUAAUUCUGUGCGUGUUGUUUGUUUUUACGAUCGCAAAUGAAUCAACUUUGGAAAAUCCAAUAGUUGAAGCACCUGUAGGAAAAAUUCGUGGAUCGAUUUUAAUGUCGAGAUUAGGCAGAAAAAUCUAUUCGUUUCGAAGUGUAAGGUAUGCAGAACCUCCAGUAGGAGAAAGAAGAUUUCAGGUUGCCAUUCCAGCAAAAGAUUGGGAUGAUGUAUACGAUGGUACCCAGGAAGGACCUGCUUGUACUACUCUAAGCAAAACACCUAUAUCUGAGGAUUGUUUACGUUUAAAUGUCUACACGACCAAGUUACCAUCGCACAAUGCAAAAGGCAAGAAUUUCAAAGGUCGUCCAGUUCUGUUCUUCAUUCAUCCUGGUGCCUUCUACGUCUUUUCUGGUCAAUCACGAUUUUUCGGACCAGAAUAUAUCUUGGACAAAGAUAUCGUCUUGGUGACGUUGAACUAUCGAAUGGCAACUUUAGGAUUAAUUAGUUCAGGAGAUUAUCACGCACCAGGAAAUUUGGCUUUUAAAGAUCAAGUUGUAGCACUUCGUUGGGUCAAAAGAAAUAUUGCAGCAUUCGGAGGUGAUCCAAAUUGUGUUACUAUUGGUGGUUAUAGUGUUGGAAGUACCAGCGUACUGCUCCACAUGUUAUCACCGAUGUCAAAGGGUCUAUUUCACAGAGCAAUCGCUAUGAGUGGUUCUGAUGUGUACUUGGAACCAUACCCGAGAGAUCAAAAACAUCUAAUCACGAAACAAGCUGAAUUAUUGAAUUGUCCAACAGAUACGAUAGAAUCUAUGUUGACUUGUCUGAAAACAAAACCAGUUGAAAAUUUCACCGAUACUAUUUCGCAAUUUUUCGAAUAUUAUGGAGAUCCGAUUCUGGUAUGGUCACCGGUAGUUGAACCAGAAGUAGAUGGUGUUGAAAGAUUUUUACCUGCUCAGCCUGUCGACUUGAUCAGAGAAGGUAAAAUCAACAAAGUUCCUCUCAUCAUUGGUUCUAACCAAGAGGAAUUUGGUGGAGUGGUAUUUGGUAUCGAGAAAACCGUACAAUCAGGAAACACUACGAUACUCGAUAAUCUAAAUACAAAAUUUAAUACCAUUGCUCCCAUUAGUUUCAUGUACGAAAGGAAUACACCUCGUUCGAAUUAUAUUAGUCAAGAAUUGAGAAAAUUCUAUUUCGGUAAUGGAACAAUUGAUACAGAAUCAUACGAUGGAAUAGCUCACAUCUACGCUGAUAGUGUUAUCAUAUUCCCGGUACAUCGUGCAACAAAACUUAUGUCUGAUAAUAACGUACUUCCAGUCUAUUACUACCAAUUUACAUAUAAAGGACGUUUCAGUUUUGCAAUGUGGAAUGAUACCACUACAUACAAAGGUCCUGUACACCACGAUGAUUUGCAAUACCUAUUUUACAUGAGUGCGAUUUUUCCUUAUUUCAACCAAUCCGAUCCAGAAGUAGCAAUGGUUGAACUUUACACUACAAUGUGGACUAAUUUCGUACAAACCGGUGAACCCAUUCCAAGAAAUAACGAGAAAUUUAGAAACGUUGAAUGGGACAGAUAUGAAACACCGAAGGAUAAUUACUUGGACAUUACUCUAAAUCCUAUUAUGAAACAGGGUGUAUAUCCUGAAAGAAUGGCUAUAUGGGAAAGAUUAUUUCCAUUGCCACCAGUACCUCGUUCUGUUGAUUGUCAACAUAAUCAAUAAGAUCUUAACAGUUAUAACUAUGAUAAAAAGUAAUCUUUUAUUAUAUCCUUAAAUGGUCAUCAUAACUCAUGUUUUUGUAAUUUAUCUACACAAUUAUAAUAAACUAAAUAAAAAUCAUGUGUAGAGA